GGAUUUGGAGAUUUGAAUUUUCUUCGCGCCUGUGAACUUGUGAUCUUUUUUUCUGCUGGACAAGAACAAGUGAAAUCACAUCAGAAUGCAUACGCCAGGAUCUUCCGUGUCCGGAUAUGUCCUGCUGCUUUUGGUGCAGAUAGUGUUCAUAGUGGUGUUUGGCUUUUUCACGGAUUACUCCAAGGAGCUACUGCCGAAGAAUGCGACCGUUGCCGCCGAGAUGGAGGAGGAGAAGCCAUUAUCUAAGUAUCCACAUUUCCAGGACAUCCACGUGAUGAUCUUCAUCGGUUUCGGUUUCCUGAUGACGUUCCUCAAGCGCUACGGCUUCAGUGCCUCUGGACUGAACCUGCUGGUGGCGGCCUUGGCAAUCCAGUGGGCCAUCAUCAUGCGCGGUUGCUACGAAAUGGAAGAUGGCAAGAUUCCCCUGUCACUAGAUAAUCUCAUCGGAGCGGACAUUGCCGCCGCGGCCGUUUUGAUCAGUAUGGGUGCACUGCUCGGUCGCACUACUCCGAUGCAGCUGUUGGUGAUGGUGAUUUUCGAAAUUGCCAUCUUUGCCGCCAACGAAUUCCUGCAGAUUGAGUUGAUGAAGAUCACCGACGUCGGUGGAUCGAUUACGGUGCAUGCCUUUGGAGCGUACUUCGGACUGGCGGUGAGUUUUAUACUCAGACCUAGUAAGGAGAACGCCAAAACUGGACCCAUGGAAUGCUCGUCAUACGGUUCGGACAUUACCGCCAUGAUUGGAACGAUCUUCCUGUGGAUCUUCUGGCCAAGCUUCAAUUCAGCGCUGGUGGACGGAGCUGAACAGGAACGAGCUAUCAUCAAUACCUAUCUGUCACUGGCGGGUGCGACCGUGACAACUUUCGUCCUGUCUGCAAUUAUAUCGCAUGAUAAGAAAUUUGAUAUGGUUCACGUGCAGAAUUCGACUCUGGCCGGAGGCGUGGCCGUUGGAUCGAUCUGUAAUCUGAUGAUCCAUCCAUUCGGGGCUCUGUUGGUGGGUGUAAUCGCUGGAAUGAUCUCGGUCCUUGGAUAUCGAUUCCUGACGCCAGCCCUGCUGUCCAAUCUUCGAAUCUCUGACACCUGCGGAGUCAACAAUCUACACGGCAUGCCAGCUCUUUUGUCCGCUGUAUUCUCCGCCGUCUAUGCAUCACUGGCAACGACGGAAACGUACGGUAAUACGUUGACCAGUGUUUUUCCGGCUAUGAAACUGAAUUCUACCCUGACCGAAGAGGAAAUGCACGAAAUGGUUAUUGGAGGUUUCGGACGAAGUGCUGCUAAGCAAGGAUCUUUCCAAUUGUUGGCAGUUUUACUUACCGUGGUGAUUGCUAUUGUUGGAGGUCUUGCGACAGGCCUAAUCCUGAAGUCACCAGCGAUGCGUCAACUGGAGAAAGAAGAACAUCACAAGGAUGAUGCCUACUGGGAAACGCCCGCUGAACCCAACAAUACCGCCGCAACAACGAACUCCAGCUAAAUGAGUUAAAAAU